UUUCAUCCACCCUAGCAUACACAAAAUUCUUACUAUUCCACAUUAUUAAUUAAUUAUAUAAUUAUUUUAAUUAUUAAAUUUGAAAAAACUAAUUUGAAAAUUUUGGACUGUGUAAAAACUGAGAAUCGUAGGAAUCUUAGGGGCUUGGGAUAAAAGACUCAAAUUCUCCAAAAUUAGUUUUCUGAGAAGAAGUUAAUUUCAAAUUCUCUGGUAUCGGGCCUUUAAAUCACCAUAAGUUGAAAAUAUUUAUAAAUCCAGAAUUAAUCAUAGCAUAAUAACUAAUAAUAAAAAUGGAUCAAAUAAGGGCAACGCUGGCUGAGUUAAUGGGCAAAUAUGAGCAAAAGGAAGACCUGGAUUCCACCAAGUCGUUCACAGACCCUGAUGUUUGCAGACAAUAUCUCACAGGAAUAUGCCCACACGACCUAUUUGAAAACACCAAAUUCUACAUGGGAGAAUGUAGCAGAUUACACUCCGAAAAACUCAGAGAAAGAUAUCAGAAUGAGAGGAAGAACCAUUUUUAUGGCUAUGAGUUGGAGACUUUGAAGAUUAUACAGCCUAUGAUUGACGACUGUGACAAGAAAAUCGCCAAGGGAAAGGCUCGGGUUGAGGAGGAUUUGGUCAGAAGGAAAACUUUAGAUCCAAUGAUAAUUGAAGAAACUAAGAAAAUAGACAAGCAAAUUCAGUCCCGAAUGGCUCGGGCGGAUGAGCUUGGUAGGAAUGGUGAGGUUGAGGAGUCCUUCAAAAUAGUUGAGGAGGUUGAACUUCUCAAAAGAACGAAGCUGGAAAUGCUAGAAAAAGCUGGUGAUGCCAGUUAUCAAUCCAGACUCAAACCAUGUGACGUUUGUGGAGCUCUUCUAUCGGCUACGGAUAGUGAUAGGCGAUUGACGGAGCAUUACAGUGGGAAAAUACAUGUUGGAUUUCAGAAAUUAAGAGAUAUGUCAAAGACACUAUCAGCAUACAUCCAAGAAAAUAGACAUAAGUUGAAUGGCAGAAGAAAUGAUUCUAGGGAAUCUUUGGGUGAAAGAAGAACUAGUAAAUCAGAAUCAACAUCCUCACCAAGAAGUAAAAGCGAUCGUAGUUACAGAGAAGGCUCCAGGAGUUACGGAGAUGGUUCUACGAGCUUCAGAGAAAGUUCAAGGAGUUAUGGUGAAGGUUCAAGGAGUUUUACUGAGAGGAGUGAUCACAGGGACAGAAGAAGAAGUUACAAUGAUAGAAGUGAUCGCAGAGAACGGGAAAAUUACAGAAGAAGGUCUAGAACUAGGUCACGAACAAGGUCAAGAUCUAGAUCUAGAUCUAGAUCUAGAUCAAAAUCCAGGGAUCGCAGGCAUAAGUGAACCUUAAAUUAAUUUUUAACCCUCA